UUUGAUGUUUAUUUAACUUCAACAAGAGAUAAGACAAAGACGGUACUAUUCAUUCGGAUUAUGUGGAUGUAGAGUCGCCAAAUUGGGAGAUACUAUUCCCUAUAUUGUCUGCGCCUACCUCUCAAAGGUCGCCAUUUGUGAGAAUCCCAGAUUCGUAACCGUAAUUUUUCGCUUCUGUUCACCUGCGUUCUUCCUCAUGUGAUCUCCUCAGGAAUCUUUCUGGUUGUGGGGAGUGACGAAAUUCAUCUCUCCCCAAUUUGAAGAAGGUCGAUGGAUGUUAAUGGAAAAACAGAAGAUGGAGAAUUCCAACCAUUGUUAUACACCAAUUAUGAUGAAAUUGGGUCUUCUCAUACAAAAAUGGAGGUUAAUUUGAGAACCCAAUCACUUUCAUCGGGGAUUCCACACAUUGGGUCAUCAGAUUCAGAGCAACUUCCGAGAACAAAAUCAUUACAAAGAAGUAAAACAGCUCCAGCCAAAGAUAUGGCUGCUGUACUCCGUGAAAUCCAAGCUAAUUUCAAAGCUCAAGUACAGUCUGAAGCCGAACCCGAUACCGAAACCGAACCCCAAGAUCCCACAUCUUCCGAGGAAGAAGAUGAUGAAGAAUUGAAGAGUAGUUCUAAGAAAGAAAUGGCGAAACAAGCUGGGAUUUUACUGGUAAUUUAUUUAGUAAUGGGGGUUUUAGUGUAUGGAUUAAACCAAGAACAAUUCGCUAAAGGAGUAGAAACUCACCCAGUUGUUGAUGCUCUUUACUUCUGUAUUGUAACAAUGUGUACAAUUGGGUAUGGUGAUAUCACUCCACUUUCUCCAUUUACAAAAAUAUUUGCUUGCUUGUUUGUGUUAAUUGGGUUUGGUUUUAUUGAUAUUCUUCUUACUGGGGUUGUUAAUUAUGUGCUUGAUCUUCAAGAACAGAACAUUCUUUCUGAUAUUCUUCAUCAUCAAACCACGACAACAACUACUUUUGCUAAUAAUGUUAAUUCAGCAUCAAACAAUAAUCACAAUCAUAAUCACAAUCGACAAAACCAUCUUCUGCAUUUCCUUACGCUUCGAAUUGUUGAUGUACAGAAGGGGAGAAUGAGGAUUCGUCUUAAAGUUGGAUUGGCAUUGUUUGUUCUAGUGCUUUGUAUUGGAGUUGGGACGAUUUUCUUGUACUUUGUUGAGGAAUUUACUUGGGUUGAUGCGCUUUACUUGUCUGCAUUAUCUGUUACUACUGUUGGUUAUGGGGAUAGAGCCUUUAAUACACUUACUGGUCGUAUUUUUGCUUCUGUUUGGCUUCUGGUUUCGACUUUGGCUGUCGCUCGUGCUUUUCUUUACCUUGUUGAGGCUCGAAUUCAUAAGCGUCAGCGUACCAUUGCUAAGUGGGUUCUUCAAAGGGAUAUUACUCCCCUUGACUUGUUUGCUGCCAACAUCAAUAACAAUGAUUUCAUCAACAAAUCAGAGUAUGUUAUCUUCAAGCUUAAAGAGAUGGGAAAAAUAGGAGAGCAAGAUAUAUCACAGAUUUGCCAUCAGUUUGAUAAACUUGAUACAAAUAACAUGGGGAGGAUAACACUUCCUGACCUAUUGCAGAAUCGUUCAUUGUCCUUGAAAGUGGAAGAUUUGCCCUAAAAUGCAUGCAAGUGAAAAGCUAAAAUUGAAUCUGCACUGUAGGAGAGGAGUAUAAUUAUGGGUGGAGCAACAUUUGUCUUUGUAAACUGUAAAGUCAUAGUUUUUCUGUGAAGUUGCUAAAAAAGUUUAUCCCUCAAAUUAUGCAUAGAUGCAAGACUUGCAUAUACAUUCACAUUAUAGAAUUAUUUCCCUUUAUAAAAAGAACCAUUGUAUCUAUUGUCACUGCUCCGAAGGACAACAAUGAGAUCGCAUGAAGAUGUAAAACAUCGUUCCUUUAUAGAAUGUCUUUCUCAUGUAUGAUUAUGAUGCUAUUUCUUACCUUUUAAACUAUUCCACGCUAAAAAUGAGUGAGGAGUUGUGUUGUUAUGCUUCAUCAAAAAUUUUAAAUCCUUGCCGAUGGCAUGUGGACUUCAGAAGUGUUUGAUGUCAUUAAGCAUUUUUCUCUGUUGAUCUUGGCUUUUGGGUGGUGUAUACUAUGUUACUUGGACUCGGUACUGAUGUUGGAUAUUGGUACGUGUCCAAGUGUCGGAUACGUCUAGAUAUUCAAUUUUAUGCCUAAAAUGAAGUGUCUAAUUGCCAUACUAAUGUCCAAGCAUCAAGGAUCCGACACGGGUACGUGAAGCAAAAUGAAGAGUCCAAGUAACAUAGGGUGUAUAUUCUGUAAGAUUCUAAUUGAGUUUCCAUUGUUCCGAUCCUCUUUUUUUCAUACAAAAAAAAUUAACAAUAUGUAUAGCUUCAUUUCAGUUUGUGGUAUCUUUCUUACAUAAAUUUAUUACAGAAACAUGAUGCUAAUAUCUGGUCCAUUCAUUGCAGUAGUCAUUUCUGCCUUCUGCUCAUCAGCUGCGGCUAUAGAUACAAUAUUCUUUAGGGAACAAAAUUUCCACCUCAGGUGUUUUUUUACCUUACAUUCUGAGAAAAUGAGAAGAUCAGGAUGAGAUGAUUACCUCUUAAGGAGCUUAGUUUGCCUCCUUUGGCUGUAAGAGCUGUACAGGAUGCAGCUUGGCAACCUCAUCUGCAUGCUUAACAGGUCUAUACAAAUGUUAGCGGGUGCAACUCAUGUUGCCUGAUGGGGUACAUGGAGCAUCCUUGCCUUGGUGACUGGUUAUCACUCGAGAGAAUGAUUUUUCUUAAGAAAAAUGGAAUGGAAUGCUCAUUGCAGGAAAGUACUGGAACUUAUCAACCUAGGGACUGAGGAGACAAUGCAACGAUGACCAUAUAAUGAUGAAUGCCGAUGGAACACUUUUCAAUUUGGUUCUAAUUGUCCUUAUGCAAUUGGCAAACAUUACAGGUAUGCACUUAAAUUAAUGCACUUGUCGUUUCACAAUUUUGUUUAUUGCUUCAUGCUGAAACUCCGUGAUACAAGUUGGAAAUGUUUGAUUCCUUUCUUGGUAGUUCCCAAGAGAGGGAUACUGAAUCGAUCAUAGUAUAAUAGCAACUGUAACGAUUCAAUUGUCUUUUCUUUGUUUGAGCACUGCAGAUCUUUUAGGUUUGUAAUGUUUUGUAGAGUUCCAUUCAUCGGAUUGGGAAAAUACUUUGCAAGAAGUGAUUCGAAAUUUAGAACAGGGUUUACAGGUUUCUGUAACAAGCAGAAAUUGUGGCAUGUAUUGAUUGUUUAACAUGAAUAUGUUGGCUAUGGGCCAAAAAGAGUGGGGUUAUUUCUUCGUCAACUUGAAUAUGCACAAUACAAAUUAAGUGAUCGGGAGCAAGGACUUUAAGAGAGAGAGAGAGAGAAAUCUUCUAGAUUUACGUGUUGCUUAAUGAUCUGUUUUACGAAGGCAGUUGACAAAUCAAAUUGACGUCAAUUAUUGAAAAAUCAUCCAUCAUGAAAUAGAUCUUUAGUUAUCAAAAUUGUGUUAUUCUCACAUCUUCCAUGGUGCAAUAUGGUGCAAAAAUAUGGUAUAGGUUGCGGUUGCGGUAACGGGGUGACGCAUUAAUCAUAUCGCCAAAUUUCGGCCUAAACCAUGAAACAUUGAUUGAAACAGCUUAAAACAAGGUUUUUUCUCACCUUUACGAUACAAGUAAUAUUGGUUCGGUAAAUUUAAAAACCUUUAUGAUACGACCAGUCGAUACGAUACGGCCUUGUUUUUGCACAAUCUGGUGCAAUGCUGAUUAGGAGGGAUAUGAAGUCGUGGGAGAUGUCUAUCAAGCAAAUGAAUUGUUUGUUAAUUAGACAGAUAAAGCAAAUGUGCCACAAAGCUUUUUUUGAGAGGAUACACUUUAGAGGAAAUGAGACUAUAUUUUAUUGCAUAUAAGUGUGUUUUGGUAUUUGGUAACAAUGCCAUCUAAAUUAGAUUGAAGUUAGAAUUGCAAAACCACAAAUGUCCCAGAACCUAAUGUCCAUUCAGGCUAUGUGAACUAAACAACACACCAAAUACACAGUAGAGCAUGGAUUCUUUAGAAAUUAGAAGUGGGAGUUUCAGAUUAUGUUUUUAGGUAUUUGGUUAGAAUCUCAUGUGAAUUACUGUGAAGUUAGAUUGCAUUACCAUAGUUUCCACUGUCCAGAACCUAGUUAUUAAGCUAUCUGUUAACCAUAGGUGGAAAAUGGGAUAGAUUUGAGUUUGUUGCUUAAUUCAUUUCAUGAAUGCUAUGUUUUAGGUAAAGUCAAGAUUCAGAUUGGCUGAAUAACAAAACACCAUGGUUGACUUAUUCGAUUGAUCAAUAUGAAUCUCGAGUGAUUGGUUGACAACUCCUCCUAGCUCCCUCUUCUCUGUUUUGCAAUCUCCUUGCUAAGAAAUUGCUUGCUAUUAAAUCUUUUUUUUGGUUUGAGAGACUGUUUCACAAACAUACUGUCUGCUGCUCACACUAAAUAAUUUCCGGUUAUCUUACUUUCUUAUCAUUUUCUUUUUGUGCGAGAUAGCUAGUAAUAUCCUUGUAAUUUUUUUUGUUGUGCUCUUGACUUGUUCAUUCUGCGUAGCUUAUGAAUCUGCAGGCAUUUUGCAUUGAUUUCAUAGCGUGCCAAGUGCCAACACAUUCUGUAGUAAGUUAAAGCAGAGUCAGUUUGUGUUUUUGGCACAGAUGAAAAAAUUAUUCCUAUGUUGAAAGACAAUAUUGUUGAUAAAUAACAUGCCAAUUUCUCAAUUCCAAGUGACUCCCACCUCAGUGGAUUUGAAAAGGUCGGGCAUACGCAACUUUAUUCCUUGUGAACAUAAAAAAAGAGGCCGGUUCUGGCUAACCUUCUUAUCUAAUUAAAGGAGUGGUUUAGUCGGCAGGAUUUGCAAGGAGAAGGUUUUAUUCUUCUAUAUUGAUUUUCCAGAUGAACGAAAUAAGGUACCAACGUCUUGUGCACGCAAGGCAGAACAACGAAAAAAAAAGAAUGUCAAAGCGACACAGAUCGUUAUUUGAUGUGAUAAGGUUUGUGGAGUGUGUGUUCAUGUGUACCCUGUUUUUGAAUGUAAAGCGCAAAGACGGAAAGUGUGGUCACACAACAUCGCUAAGCUUGGGGGCCAGGGACUCGAGUGUUCGCAGAUUCGAGCUGGGAUUUCAAGGUUUCGAGAUUUCGAUCAUAUUUCGUUGUGCGUCAACUGAUAAGGUGUAGCCGAAAUGAGGUCCAUCAACCCAGUUGAUAGUUGAUACAUAACAUUUCAUUCUGGUACAAGAAGUUUCACCUGAACCACCAUCAGAAUUCAGAAGCACUUCACCAAACAUGAUUCUGAAAGUUCCCCUUUUGUUUUCUUAAAUUAUUAUUAAAUGGUGUUGGAUUUGUUACAAGUAAGAAUAGAAUUGUUAGUUUUAAAAGCUUUUUGAUGUUGCUGAUGCUGUCAUAUAUGAUUGUACCAAACACAGAUCUGACUUGAGUUGGAGUGUUUGUUUCGUUUGUUAA